AUGGAUUUCAUGAAAAAAAAUAAGCAAGUUGUUACUGAAGAUGGUCAAAAUCCAAAGGUGACCUACCUUAAGAAUCCUGAAAGUGCCAAGGUUCCUAUCUUAGCCCUAAGCGAGGAGGAUUGGUAUAACUUUCAUAUUUAUAAGGGAAAUUCUAAGAAAAGAGACAUUCUUACAAAUACAUUAAUGGAUCGGGACGGAACAGACGUUCUUAGACCUUCGUCCCGUCCCUAUGAAUUUCGGAACGGGAUUAGGACGGGAUCGAGAUUUCUGUUUUUUUUGCCCACCGCUACUUCUUCCUCCAUUCCCUCAUCAUUUUCCUUCCAUUCGUUCCCAAAUCUUUCAUUUCUUCUUUAUAUUGAUUCAAAACUUCGAAAAAAAAAGGUGGAGGUAGCCAAGCAGGGCUCGACGCUUUUGCUACUUGACGUUCCUCAAUACACCCUCAUCGGCAUUGACACUCAGAUGGUUUCUGCCGGCCCGGCUUUCAAUGGCAUCAACAUGAUUCCUCCCGCCUAUGUUGUCUACUAUUCCUCAUCCAUCAGAGACGGAAGGGAUUUCUCACCGGUUACCGGCCUUUUUGUUUGUUCCGGGCCAUCUCAGGUAAUUGUCCGCAAGUGGGAUGAACAAGAGGAGCGGCUAGUCAAACUACCAGAAGAUGAGAUUUGUGUUUCAUUAUUGAAUCUCCAAUAA